AUCACCCCCUGCAAAGCAAGAAGGCGCCAUUGCUGUUCAGCCAUUUUUCCAACAUGGCGUCUGUUGUCGGCUCAGAAGUCGAAAUUCAGGAGGUGGAGGUGGAGACCAUGCCUGUGGUCGAAACCAUCGAGACAACAGUAGAAACACAGCCUAUGAUAGCGUUACAGCCACUACCUGAGCCUGGUCGCGAGGAAGUAAUCCUUCAAACGCACGAGGAAAUCGUAGGAGACGAAGAAGAGGUCCACAAUGACUCCGAGGAAAUCGACCAUAUCCCGGUUCCCAUGCCAGUGGAGAUCGAGGAACAUAUUAAUGUGAGCACGGCGGGAAAGCGAGGAAGACGGUCGACGAAGAAAGGCAAGAGGGGUGCAGCGUUUGGGGAUCUGGGAGACGCCGAGAGGUCGCGGAAAUGGGAACAAAAGCAGGUCCAAAUAAAGACACUGGAAGGCGAGUUCUCCGUGACGAUGUGGGCUUCUGAGGAUAGCAACAAGAAGCUGCCCGAGCCCGAACCGGAACCGCCGGCGCCGCAGCCGCAGCCCAUCCCCGACUUUAGCGAGUUCAUGACGGGCAAGAAAAUUCCAUCUGGGGGCAUUCCAGGCAUCGACCUUUCAGAUCCCAAGCAGCUUGCAGAGUUUGCCAAAAUCCGCAUGAAACCAAAGAAGAACAAGGAGGAUGAUUCCAAGACAAUUGCAUGUCCACACAAGGGCUGCACGAAGAUGUUCCGUGACAAUUCUGCCAUGCGGAAGCACCUGCACACACACGGCCCCAGGGUUCAUGUCUGUGCUGAAUGUGGAAAGGCCUUUGUAGAAAGCUCCAAGUUGAAAAGGCACCAGCUUGUCCACACAGGAGAGAAGCCUUUCCAGUGUACAUUUGAAGGUUGCGGCAAACGGUUUUCCCUCGACUUCAACCUGCGGACCCACGUCCGGAUCCACACCGGCGACCGGCCUUACGUCUGCCCCUUCGACGGCUGCAACAAGAAGUUUGCCCAGUCCACCAACCUGAAGUCUCACAUCCUGACCCACGCCAAGGCCAAGGCACAGCAGCAGCAACAACAAGCCCUGACCAGUCCCAUCCUCACCAUGCCAACUUCCACCAUGACUCUCCAGAUGUAGGCUGCCACCUGUCCUUAGUAUCUGUCGACACUCAACCGUUUGGUUUCGCCCAUCUAGUUUCAAAUUUUAUAUAUAAAGACAACUUCGAAUCAUAUAAGACAUGGACUGUUUACUUGAAAAUUAUAGUAAAGGCCCUGAUGAGUAUUACAUAUAUCUGCAUUGCACCAAUGGAAUGCUUUGUUAUCUCUUACACAAAUAUUGUAGGGUGCACCUGAUGUUAUCAAAGUGUAGUCUGCUUCAUUGCUUGUUUCUCAGGAAGAAAACACAGACUUAAACCAGUUGUGACCCAUGGAAAUCUAACUUGUAAAUUAUUUUAGGAAAAAAAAUUUGGUUGCAUCUGUGUUGAUUUUGAGAGCAAGAGGGAUCCCAGGUUAUCCAGUAGACAAUGUUAUAAGCUAGCAGGAAGUCUAAAACUAGUAAAAGGUCCCUUUUCAUAGCGGUAACUUUGUGUGGCAUGUAAUGCACACGCUUGUAUGUCUGGCUGCCAUCCAUACCAAAACAUUGAUGACUCAUACUGUUUCAGUAAUAGUGUCUAUUUGCCAGAUGUUAUAAAGUGAGAAGCAGCCUGUAGUUUCACACUUAUACAUUUUGUCGUGUAUUUUGUGGGAGAUGAUGAUGUAAUGGAUAAGUGUAGGUCCCAAACUCCUUGAGGUUGUGAGGUUUGAUCUUUCGUCAUUGUACCCGGUAGGAAAACACAACAUGGAAGGGCAACAGCUUCAGUUGCUUUUGACCCGAACAAGGAAUUCUUACAGCUAUGCUUGUGAGUCAUCAAGUCUGUUUUUAUAGUUUUCAAAUUAUGGCUAAAUGCCUCUUCUCAGCUGCUGGGAGUAUAAAGACUUAUGUCCAUAGUAGGAUAUGAUAAAUAUUCAUCAUACAUUUACAACAGGAAAUGGCAAAGAAGCAACAAUUCAUAGAUAUGAACAGGGCAUCAUAUUUACCCCUUUUCUUGGCCUUUCUCUGUAUGGUGGCACUUCAUUUCAGAAAGUGUGACAACGUUUGGUCCUUGAAUAUGCAUGUGUAACAUGUUUGUCACAUAUACCUUCAAUUUGUGAUAUGUUGAUACAUGGAGUUCAUGUGAAAAUGUGUCAGUUGAAAUGCCUGUUUGCUCACCCUGUAGACAUUUCAAGUACUAUAACUCUAUGAGAAAACCAAUCCUGCAAACCAGAGAAAUGUUACCCUUCCAACUAUCAAGUAUUAUUCAUGAUAUUAUGAACGCUACAGGACCUUUUGCACCACCAUUGUCAUUUUAUUACUUAUUUCAGUACUGCAACAGUGUGGACAUGAGACAAUGCAAGUGCCUCUUGUUAUGAUAAGGGAAAGCUAAAGAACUACCCGUGCAUGCUUAGUGAUACCUGAAUAGUGCUGAUAUUAGGGUUUGAAGAAAUUAUUAUGUAGGUUUUGUCAUGUUUAUUGUAAGUAUUGAAGUUUCUGUGUUUCACUAGAGAGAUGAUCAUGAGAACUUGCUGUUCGUUCUGUCUUCACAUGGGUCUGGCUGUAUAUGAUAGCUUCCUAGCGUAGACCUGCUCUGUAGGGUUAUCAGCCACAAAGCCUCCGAGUACUUAGUUGUCUGAUGUCAGUUGAUUAUUGGGCAUUUGCAAGAAAAGUGUAUAUAUAUAUCCGUGCAGAAGUGUUGACCCUACCUUGUACAUGAUUCUUGGCUUAGUGUGAAUUUUCACUAACUGUGAGUUGCCUGUUGGUGCAUUCUCUCACCUUGUUACUCCCAGUGGGUUGGCUAAAUGUGGUAAAAGGUGUCUGUACUAUUGUGUUAAUUUGCUUGAUUUUUUGUAAACGCUUCUAGUCUGCUGCAGAUUUUAAUUUCUUGUAUUUAUUCCCCCUAAUUAGGACCGGAUGAGUUCUGUGUACGUUAGAAUAUAAUGCAGGCUUAUUAUGAUAAUGUUAUCUAGAGUUCACAGGAAACAUUUUGUAUGCGUGGUAUCGUCAUCACAUGUAAUGUAUAUAAAAGAAUUGUUGUUGGAAUAGGCCAAAUAGAGAGGCAUGUGACUUGAUCAAUGGGAACAUGGAUGCAAACAGAUCUAAAUCUUAGUUUAUACCAUGUUCAAGGAACUGAGGAGGGAAUAAAUUCCAAGUGGACUGUACUUUU